AUGCAAAAUAGUAUUGAAUGUAUAGAAAUACCUGAACUUAUAGGAGGAGCUGCUUUUACAAAUGGAGGACUUUUGAUAUAUGAAUUUGGUGAGCAUUCAAUUGUACAUGAGACUGCUAUUUUAUGCUCUGUUAUUAAUCAAGUAAAGAGUUCCUUGUUAAAGAACUUAGAUCAAGAAUUAUCUAUUCAUAUAGAUACAACAUUAAGAGAUUUUUUUGUUACUGAAUCUGAUGGUAUUAUAGUGACUAUAUCAAAGAAAAAAGGUAAUUCUGACAAACAAAUUAAAACAUCUGGCACUACUAAAAGUGAUGGUAAUAAUAAUAAACAGUAA